UCUUGCAACUCGGCACCAUGAGUUUUGCCGAGCUCUUAGACCACGUCGGGGGGAUGGGUCGCUUCCAAAUCAUCUAUGCGAUCUUACUGGCUAUCCCAGUUUUCAUGAUGGCCAGCCAUAACCUCCUGCAGAACUUCACUGCUGCCACCUCUGAGCACCACUGCCAUGUCCAUAUCAACAUCAACAACACUCCUUACACCAACCUCACCGGAAAGCUCGCUGCCAAGGACCUCCUCAGGGUCUCCGUCCCCAUCGACAGCAACCAGCAGCCAGAGAAGUGUCACCGCUUUGUCACUAUGCAGUGGCAGCUCCUAGACUCCAACGCCAUAGUCACAAACCUAACCGAGCUGGAGACUGAACCCUGCGCUGAUGGGUGGGUGUACGACAAGAGUAUUUUCACCAGCACCAUCAUUACAGAGUGGGACCUGGUAUGUGACUCCCGGCAGCUGUAGCAGAUGGCUCAGUCCAGCUUUAUAGCUGGGACCCUGGCAGGAGGCAUCAUCUGUGGAUGUCUGUCAGAGAAGUGAGAGCAACGUCGGUAUGAAGCCGAGCAAGGCUGGUUCCUGGGGGAAUCAGGAAUCUCGAGCAGGAGGAGAGAAGUUAUGGUAUCUCUGUAUUUGGCACUGGUGCGACUGCUACUGGAAUCCUGUGUUCAGUUCCGGUGUCCUUAAUUCCAGAAGGAUGUUGGUAGGUUGGAGAGGGGUUAGAGAAGACCCACAAGAAUGAUUAAAGGCUUGGAAAACAUGCCUUACAGUGAGAGACUUCAGGACCUCGAUCUAUAAAGCAAAGGUUAAGGGGUGACUUGAUCACAGUCUGUAAGUGGAGUCCCUUGAAUUCUUUUAAUAGUUGUUUAUUUUAUUUGGGGGGGAAUUCCUUGUUAUUUUUGUUUUGUUAAUGUUACCCAUGCAGGGGAUCGGGUCUUGCCCUGGGGGUUGGGAGGCCCCGGAGCGGGGCUGAGUCCUGCCACCAGGGGUUGGGAGGCUCUGGGUGAGCUGAGUCUUGCACCCCCGAGCCUGCCCUGCACUCACCCCGCAGAAGCGGCUCCUGGGGUCCUGUGCGGUGCGGCUGGGCCUGGCUCUCGACUCAGGGUGUUGUGGCCUGGCACACGGGGUCCCAGCUGCUCAGGUUUGGCCGGGCGCCUCCCCUGUUCAGAGUGGGGAGCCAGGCCGAGCUCCACAGAACAGGAGCUGCCACUGCAGGGUGAGUUUUUAGCUUUAUUUCAUAUUAUUUCACAUUUGCAAAAUACAUGGGGCUCUCUGUAUAGGUACCUACAUGGGGAGCAGCAAUCUGAUAAGAGGCUUUUCCAUCUAGCAGACAAAGGUCUAACAAGAGCCAGUGGCUGGAAAUUGAAGCUAGACAAAUUCAGACUGGAAAUAAGGUGCAAAUUUCUAACAGCAAAAGGAAUUACCCAUUGGAACAACGGCCCAAGGGGUGCUGUGGAUUCUCCAGCCCUGGAAAUUUUUAAAUCAAGAGUGAAUGUUUUUCUAACAGUCAGAUAUCAGCCAAGGGAUAAGCCUACUGCCACGGCCCUAGAUUGCCUUAAUCCAGCCCUGCAGGCCUCAUCAUUAGCAGCUACAGCACGGCUGACAUGAAGUAUUUUCAUUAAUAACCUUUUGUCACAUGCCACAGAGCUGGUUUUGGAACUGGGGCCUCCUGCCUCUUUGCCCCUUCCCCAAGCCAGGAAGUUCCUUGCACCAGGUUUAACUCCUACUCUGAAUACACUUGCCUCAGUAUCCUGGGUUUCCCUCACGUGUUCUCUUGGUUCUUUUUGGCUCAGGUUUGGCCGCAGGUCUCUCGUGAUCUGGUGCUACUUGCAGAUGGCUGUCACAGGCACCAGCACUGCCUUCUCGCCCAGCUUCACUGCCUACUGCAUCUUCCGUUUCCUGACCGGAAUGGCCUUCUAGGGCAUUGUAAUGAACGGUGUCUCUUUGUGUAAGUGUGUCUGGCGCCUGCCAUCCCAGACACAAGAUGAGCUGGUUACUGGGGAUGGACGGAGGUGCCUUCUUCCCGCUGCUGAUAAAUUACUCUGUGGUGGGAGCACAGAGAGACCAGAAGCACACGCCGCAUGGAUGGGAUGUCCAAGGUCUCAGCACCAAAAAUGGGGAGCUAGAUUUUCCAAAAGUCCUAGGUCCCAUUCCAACCUGGAUUUACCAAAGCACGCAGCAGCUCCCUUUGGGACACUGAUUGCCACACCUGAGAAAGACCUGAGCACGUUAUUUAGGAGGUAUUUUGCACUUCGAAAUCGGGGCCUGCCCUCUUCUGAGAAUGUGGUACCUAAACGAGAACUGAGUUCUCUGGAACAAUCGCACCUCCAUGUGCUUCUGCAGUGCCAGAGCACAGGAGAUGCCACAAAACAGGGCAGCUUCCAAUAGCAUGCAGGUCCCCAAAUAUGGAAUAAUUCCCCAACUCACCGGACCUAAGUAGUGAGGCGGCCUGGUUCCCAGCCGCCCCGGAGGGGGAUGAACCCCUACAGUCCCCAAGAAUGGAAUGGAACUAUUUAGAGUGGAGUGCCGUCAUCAGAUGACGAUGAUUCACAACAGAACAGAGAUUCCACAAUACAUCUUCUACAGAACACGCACAGGCCAUGUGCAUCAGUCAGGAGCUACAGAAUGCCCUCCUCAUUACUAGUAAGUCCCUUGCACUAUACAAUGUAUACAGGUCCUCUAGGAACUGGAGGACCCAGGCAGCUGGAUACACUGCUCUACAGCCAAAAUGCUUCUGAAAUAAAUGUAGUUAAACUUUACUAAUUCUGGGUCACUGAGACAGAAAAUGAUGCAGGGAAUCAACCUCUUCAAACAGCAUGUUGACCUCCAAAUCACAGCAGGAAUUUAUACCACGGGACCUGCUGCUGUGCAAGGUGGGAGACAUGAAUCAAUUACUCUAUUUAGAUCCUCCAUGUAGUUCAAAACCUAGAAUAUAGGAACUGCUGGACUGAUCACAGCCAAGGUCCAUGUAGUCUCUCUGACAGUGGUCAGCAAUAGAUACCUCAGAGGAAGGUAUGGGAACCCUGCAGUGGGCAGAUAUGAAAUAAUCUCCUCACCAUUAAGUCUCAUCCUGAUCUUGAACAGUCAUUAAAGUUGAUCAAAAUUUUUUCAAGCUCACAUUUAGGAAAAAAAAACAAAACAAAAAAAUCAAAGGAAAAACAG